AUGAGAGAUGCUCCAAGAGUGGAUCUCGAUGAAGAUGUGGAAGGAGAGGUCAUGCUCAUAAAGAUGGAGGAGCCGUCUUGCUACCUUGAGGCUGUUGGACAGCAGGUCUGGGAGGAUGCUAUGGCCAAGGAGAUCGAGUCCAUAGAGAAGAAUAACAUAUGGACUCUCACAGCACUGUCAGCUGGUCACAAACCAAUUGGACUCAAAUGGGUUUACAAACUGAAAAAGAACUCAGAUGGAUAUGUGAUCAAGCCCAAGGCAAGGCUGGUCGCGAAGGGCUAUGUGCAGCGGCAAGGAAUCAAUUUUGAAGAAGUGUUUGCACCGAUGGCUAGGCUGGACACCGUACGCGUCAUCCUUGCUGUUGCAGCCAACCGAGGUUAG